AACGGCGUCUUAAAACGUUUUGGCCUGUAGAGGUUCUCACUUUUCGUCAUGGCGCUGAAGGUGGCGAUAGCUGCUGGUGGUGCUGCAAAGGCAGUGCUCAAGCCAGCUCUCCUCUGCCGUCCUUGGGAGGCAGAGUUUCAUACAGCCCAGACUUCCCUUGAGAUCGAUAUGUUUAUGAGGAUGAUUGACUUUCUUAUCCUCCUGCCUCUACCUGAGGUGCUAGGACUACAGGUUCUGGGUACCCAUGAGGCCCCACGAAGGAGCAUUUCCUCACAACAAACAAUUCCUCCAUCUGCUAAGUAUGGUGGGCGUCACACAGUGACUAUGAUCCCAGGGGAUGGCAUCGGCCCUGAGCUCAUGUUGCAUGUUAAGUCUGUAUUCAGGCAUGCGUGUGUGCCAGUGGACUUUGAAGAGGUGCAUGUGAGCUCCAAUGCUGAUGAAGAGGACAUCCGCAAUGCCAUCAUGGCCAUCCGCCGGAACCGUGUGGCACUGAAGGGCAAUAUUGAAACAAAUCAUAACCUGCCACCAUCUCACAAAUCCCGAAACAACAUCCUUCGCACUAGCCUUGACCUCUAUGCCAAUGUCAUCCACUGUAAGAGCUUGCCAGGAGUGGUGACUAGGCACAAGGACAUAGACAUCCUCAUUGUGAGGGAAAACACAGAAGGCGAAUACAGCAGCCUGGAGCAUGAGAGUGUAGCAGGAGUAGUGGAGAGCUUGAAGAUUAUCACCAAGGCCAAGUCCCUGCGCAUUGCAGAGUACGCUUUCAAGCUGGCUCAGGAGACUGGGCGUAAGAAAGUGACAGCUGUGCACAAGGCCAACAUCAUGAAACUUGGUGAUGGACUCUUCCUCCAGUGCUGCAGGGAAGUGGCAGCCCACUACCCACAGAUCACCUUUGAUAGCAUGAUUGUGGACAACACAACAAUGCAGCUGGUAUCCCGGCCUCAGCAGUUUGAUGUCAUGGUGAUGCCUAAUCUCUAUGGUAACAUUGUCAACAACGUCUGUGCAGGGCUUGUUGGAGGCCCAGGCCUUGUGGCUGGGGCCAACUAUGGCCAUGUGUAUGCAGUGUUUGAGACAGCUACAAGGAACACAGGUAAAAGUAUUGCCAAUAAGAAUAUUGCUAACCCUACUGCCACACUGCUAGCAAGUUGCAUGAUGCUAGACCACCUCAAGCUCCACUCUUAUGCCACCUCCAUCCGCAAAGCUGUCUUAGCAUCCAUGGACAAUGAAAACAUGCAUACCCCAGACAUUGGAGGCCAGGGUACCACAUCCCAAGCCAUCCAGGACAUCAUUCGUCAUAUCCGCAUCAUUAAUGGCCGGGCUGUGGAGGCUUAGAUAUCCUUGCAGUUAUCUCAGUCUGUCUGUAGGAUGUCUCCCCCACAACCCUCACUUUAGCACUCCAGCUAGCUUGAUGGACAGGCUCCAGAAUAAAGUCACUUCUGACUCAGAA